GCUCUCAUUACGGAUGUAAACAGAGCUCGUCGCACAUGGAGCAAAAAGCAGGGAUGCUGCCGACUGUGGAGCGGUUUGUCUGUCCGGGAAAGGGGAACGGUCUCCGGGCCAUAGCUGGGAUCCGCCGGGGACAGCUGGUGACCUCCGCCGAGCCGCUGGCGUCCUGCGUGUCCGGCAAACGGGCCAGRGAAGUCUGCCACUACUGCUUCACCCGACGAGAGACCUUGUUGAGAUGUUCGCAGUGCAAGAUGGCUCGUUACUGCAAUGMAGCUUGCCAGAAACAAGCRUGGUGUGGCCAUAAGAGAGAGUGUAAGUGUCUUCGCCGUCUCCUCCCCAGACUCCCUACUGACUCAGUCCGACUGGCUGCCAGACUCAUGUUUGCUCUGUUAAACCCUCCCAAGACUAAUGAGCUCUACACUUUAGAAGAACAUGAAUCACACUUGAAUUYGAUGUCUGAGCAGAAGAAACAAGGGCUUUCUCAGCUGGCGUCCAUGUUGGAACUGUAUGUGCAACAGGAAGAAGAUUCUGAGCUCACACAGGAAGUGAYGUCAGCCCUGCCGCCUUCCUGCAGGGAUCCACUGAGCCUCAUUGCAAAGGUGACGUGUAAUUGUUUCACCAUCAGUGACGGGGAGCUGCAGGAGGUCGGAGUGGGGCUUUAUCCAAGUUUAUCCCUGUUGAAUCAUGACUGUCGGCCAAACUGUGUGAUGGUGUUUGAGGGUGAGCGGCUGCAGCUCCGAGCCGUCCAGGACAUUCGCCCUAAAGACGAGUUAACGAUAAGUUAUAUUGAGACUUUGUCCCUGACUGAAGAGCGGCAGAAGCAGCUGGAGGAGCAGUACCACUUCCUCUGCCACUGCCAGAGAUGCAACUCACAAAAAGAGGAGGGAUUCAUGCUGUCGGGGGAAGAAGAAAAGUGGCAGCAGCUGAAGGUGGCGAUACCGAGACUGGAAGGACUGAAAACCGAGUCCAAUUGGCCGGCGUUGUUGGAGAGCUGCAGUAAUCUCCUGUCAGCUGCUGGAGCUGAACUUCCUGAUGAAAAUCUGUACAAGCUGAGGGUCACAGACAUGGCUUUAGAUGCUGCUGUUCAGCUGGGGCAGUGGGAGGAGGCUCUGACAUACGGCAUGAAGACGCUUCCAGCUUACAGGUUGUUCUACCCGGAUCCUCAUCCAGUUCAUGGAGUUCAGCUGAUGAGAGUGGGGAAGCUGCAGCAUCACCUGGAGCACCUGGAGGACGCUUUGGACACUUUCAAAGAGGCUUUUAUAAUCAUGAGGAUGACUCAUGGUGAUGAUCACCCCCUGACCUCUGACCUGAGGAUGAAGAUGGAGGAAUGUCGUCUGGAGAUGGAUAUGCAGCAAUCUGGCAGACAUUAAGACAGACUAUGAUCUGAUAUAAACAUUAAACAUACUUGAAAAGUUUGUAUUUCUGGAGAUUUUCCAUUUUUAUAAUAUUUUUUAUAGGUGCAUUACGAUGUAUCACAUUACAUUUUACUGCGGUUUAAUGGUUGUUUUAUAGGUCGAUUUGAGGUCUUUCCUAUCUCUUUAUUAAAGAUUGAUUGGUAUUGAUGGCAGGUGGUCAGCAAAGCUCUUGUUGUGGUUAACCGUAAUAAAAUAAAAGAGGAAUCCAUCAAAAGUGUCCUAAUAAUCGUAAACACAUUGGAUUCUUGGCAAACACAAGAAGAUCUGGAUGUUCUUUUAAAGGUAAUGUAAAACCACACAACAAAAUCUAACUAAUAAGGCAAAUUCUGAAAGCGCAGACGGAUAUCUGAGCCAAAUGUUUCUGUGAAAGCAAAAAGGCAAACUCUGCUUCCCAAGAAGCUGUUUUACGCCUUCAGGUAGCUAAGAAAUGUCUCACUGAUUGAGGUCGGCCUGUGGAAGUGCAGCCAUCUGUCUCUGUUUUACAGUCACCAGCCUGGAAGACGUUCCCUCUUUAGCCAGAUGACUUCAGCGAUGAACUUGUUUGGGUGACAGAGUGGCCAGACCAGGUUAACCCGCAGGUUGACCCUCGGAGGACGACAAGCAGCCAGAUUUCUUCAUUAAGGACGACCAUCUGUGGAAAGCAACCACACAAGGAAAGCUGCCAGCUCUGGAAACAGCAGAGAAAUGCUUCCUCCAGAUUCUGGUAACCAAGUAGCUAAAUGGACAUAGUAAAACCAUGAAUGGACAUACACAUCAAGGCUCCCAUUUUUCCAGGAAACUAUUGGCACGUAUUUUAACAUAGUAAUUUUAAAAAACAUUUAUGUGCCUCUUCAAGCUGAAUUUUGUCACAUGGCACCUUCAAGCUGCUGCAGGUGCCGACAAACCAAACAAGUGCUGUGCCAAAAAGUGAUCGGGUGAGAUCCGGUGCGCCCUGAACAGAGGCGCACCGGAUCUAGCCCAAAUCUGCAUACCACAUUCUCUCCGAUAGAGAUUUAAUAUGAAUAAACAUUGAAUAUAUGAGAAAUUGCUGACAUAGUGUAAACUACAAUAGACUCAGACUUUAUGCAAUAUUAACAAUUUACUAAAUUGUUAUGUUUUAGGACUUCAGCACUUAAAUCUUAGUUUUACUUUCACUCGGCAUGAACAGAAUAAUCUGCAAACCUUAAAUAAUUAGCCUUAGAUAAAUUAAUAUGCUUUGCAAAAUGCUUUUCGUUAACACUUAUUUAUUUGCAAUUAAUUAUCGCACUGAAUAAAACACAAACCAUAACUUCACAAACCUCUGCAAGUGUGGGGGAAACCAAUCUACUCCACAGCAUUUCCUUUGCGCCAUGCCUUCGAGACAAUGCAUAGGGCAAACCUGCCGGCCUGUCAAACACUGAGAAGGUCAAUUUAGCCCACGAGCGUGCGCCACGCGGAGUGAAACAGACUGUUUUUAAGGUAGAAAACUGUUUAUAAACCACGUUAUGACUCUUUCUCUAACAUCCGCAUAGUUUUACUACAUUUUGAGGGAACAUUUCUAAGUGUUUUUUUAACCUCUAACCUGAUUUGACAACCGAGGGAGCCCUGGGCAGUUGCCCAUGUCACCCAUAUCAGAAACCGACACUGUCCACGCAAUUAUAUAGAAGUGUAGUUGGUGCAUAACUGUGUUUCCUUAUUGAUUUGAUUGUACUUUUAUUUCUUUUCUUUUUUUGUGGCUUCACUUAUUAAAAGAUACUCUCUAACAUACAUUUGUUACAGAUGGCAUUAUCAGCUUGUACUUUCCAAGUCUUGCCCUGAGAAAUUAAUUGUGUUAAUAAUUAUCUUCAAACACUUAAGAUUUGCUAAAAGGUAGAAAACCUCCUACAGUCUACAGCAACACAAAGCUUGUGAAGGAUGCAUUAGUGUUUAUAAUGAAAAUGUCAAGAAAAAGUGGUAUAAUUACACCAGAAUGGGGACACAAAGAUAAUUAGUCGUUCAUUAUUGUAAAAUAUGCAUAUUAAAAAAACUAUAAUGAGCUCAGAGAAAAUAGUAAGUGAGGAUUGGUAAUAAUAGAAAACCAGGUUUAAAAAACAACAACUUGAACCACCCUCCAUUGGGUCACAUCAACAUCACUUCCCCAAGAGACUUAAACCCCAAUUUGAGAGCGUCGCACAGACGGAGUGAAAAUAUUUGAACUCCUGCAUUUGACUGAAACUAAACCACACAGAGUCUGAAGUGUGAAGCAGCUGCUGUUGACAGCUUGUUUUGACACAUCGACCUGGUGGCUGCGAUCUCUCAGUGGUUUGACUUUUAUCUGUAGCCUGUUAUUUUACUCCCUGGCAGUGAGUGAGAAACCCAGAAGUUGGAGGCCCCUGGGGGCCCGGCCUGCUGCGUAAUCUGCAGAUUCCAUCUUGAGGAGUGACCCUGUGUGUGUGUGUGUGUGUGUGUGUGUGUGUGUGUGUGUGUGUGUGUGUGUGUGUGUGUGUGUGUGUGUGUGUGCGUGUGUGUGUGUGUGUGAACCUGGUUUUUAUAACCUCGUGGAGACCUACUUGUCUACAAUGUGGGGUUAUGGGGACCACUGCUCCCUGUGGGGACAUUUGAUUUGUCCCCAUGAAGGGAAAUGCUGUCUUUGAGUUAGGAGUUAGCUAUGUGAUGGCUAGUUUUAGGGUUAGGGUUAAGGGUCGGGGUAGGUUAAGGGUUUGGCUGUAAAAAAUGAAUGGAAGUCAAUGAAAAGUCCCCACAAAUCAUGAAAACACGAUUCUGUGUGUAUGUUUAGCAAAGCCAGAAUUUCAAAACAUCCUUCCUUCUCUGUGCUCAUCCAUCACACACACACUCUUCUCUGGUUAAUCCCUGUUUUUGUGUGUUUCUCUGUCGUUGUGUGAGGUCAGAUAGAAAUGCUUCCAAAGAUAAUCCCAAAAUUCGGACAUUUUCAAACUGAUGACUGAACUUCCUGUAUGUCUGUGUGGGUGAGUGUGUGUGUUUGUUAGAGGGUAGGUCGGGAUAAUAAAGUGUCUCAUAUGCGUCAUGUUGCUUUUAGUUUUUUCUUCUCACAUUUGUUAGGGUCUAAUUUCACAUCUUUAAUUUUUUAUUUUUUAAGAGUAGUGAACUAAUAAACUGCUUCUUCCUCUGACCUUUAUUUUGUCGAGUGGUUCUGUUUGUUAUUCCUCUUUCUUCUUUCAUUUUCCUUUCUUUAUGCAUAAUGUUCAUUGAAUUAGAUUUACCACUGCUUAAUCUAAACCCGCUGUCAUCAACUCUCAUCUGUAUCCAGGAAGCUUUUAAAUUAAUCCUGCAUUAAUUGACGUUUCAUCUCUUCUUUACUGCCUUCGUGUAGUCGACCUGAGCUCAGUGGUGCUACUUUCACCCUUCAUUCUACCGCAGUUUUAAUUUUCACUUUUCCUCCUGCUGCACUCCAUCAUUUUUACACACUUUUAUAUUAUCAACCUGCCAUCAUAUCUCACUACCCUCGCUGCCAGCUUCACAGCUAUACUUUUCACAUCUCCUUUAUCUUUAGCUGUAACAUCUUUAAUGUAGCUACUAACUAAAUAUUCAUCUACUGAUUUGAAUUUUAAAUGCAAUUACAAGUUUGCGACCAAGGACUCAAUCUCAGUCUUUUUCUACCUUGAGCUUCAGAAUUUAUCUACAUUUGUCCAAUUACUGCCAUAACAGGUGGUUUUGAGAACUACUUUGUUUUCCCCUGUAAUCUCGUUUCUCUGCAUUUCUGUUUCUUGAAUGGCAGAUUUUAUGCCAGGUAUAAUUUUUAAUACACUUCUAUUAAUGAUUUCAGUAAAUUUUAUUACUUGUUGUAAAAUAAUAUCUGAUGUUUCCACAUCAGAUUCAUAAACAGGUUUGGAAAAGCUGAAAAAGGAUUGACUUUGGCUGUCCGUCCAUUCAUGGAUCUGUCACGAUCAUCGUGAAAACAUUUCAUAUUUAAUGAGGAUUUAACGAGCAACAUAGUGCAUCUUUUUUGUGUGCAAAAUCAACAAAGAGUCAGAUGUUAAACUCUUUCCAUACAUUCCUUUAUUUACAUCCCUCUAUCUUAUUUUCCAUCAAAAGAGUCAGACCUUAUUUCACUGAAGGAGGAAGUCUACAGUGGGCCAUACAAUCUUGAAUUAUGGAGACAGCAUAGAUACAACCAGAGUAUUUUCACGGCAUAUUAUCUUAUUUGCCCUAUGGUGGUGUUUUGUUAGACAUUUACUGACAUUAUUAAGGAUAUUUUGGUACAGACACUUUUCAAACACUUCUUUAAAUAGAAAUUCUUACAACUUCAUAAGUGUGUUUUUGUUUUUCUCUGCACAUCACAUUUCUCCGUAACAAUUUAAAGAUGCUAUGUGUCAGAUUUUCUGAUAACACAUUAUAAUUAGCAAAGGCUUCAGAUAAAUAGGUAAUAAUUUGGUUUAAUCACGCCGCAUAUUUCACAUGUGUGUUAAAUAAACACCAAACUCUGCUGAUAAGUUAUUGCUUGAAUUAUAAAGCACUACCAAAGGAGACAGAUUUGUCAGCAACUCGAAGGGGAAACCUUCCACAUAGCAUCUUAACACUGGAAACACGUAAAGGACUGUAGUUAUCUUCUAAUUAAACCAAGCUAUUGAUAAUCAAAAUUUGGGCAUUUCUGUUUAUACAGAUUGUUAUUUGAAAACUUCUCAUCCUAGCUUUUAUUACCUGGCAUUCUUGUUCUUUCCGUGCUCAUUUGCAGUCAGCUUCUCCUGUAUUUGGACUUUAUUAACACUGGAUCUGAGAUCAAGUAUUCAAGAUUUAAUAAAGGGUUAGACUUCCAGCUUUCAUUCAAGAGAUUUAACAAAAACGUGUUCAGUUUUUCUAAGCAUAAGCCGAUGCAGCCUACAGAAAAGGACAAAAAGAUGAAUGCAACUUCAAAAAGAACAAAGAGCUUAGGAUUUAUGGGUUCAAAAGAUUUUAACACGGCUUACAAAAAAAAAAAUCACAGAUAUCAUGUAAUACAUCAAGUCAGGAGAGUCAGUUGCUUUGGGGAAAGCUAAACCCCAUGCAGAAAUACUCAAAUUAUCUGAUUAC